AUGGCGGACAAGCCGUCACUAGAAGAGGAUCAUAGACUAUUAUCAGACAUGGACAAAACGGAUGCCAUAGGCGGGAAAGCAAACAUCAACAGUGUACAAGAUAGUCCAUUAAGUACAAAAAGUACAGAAUUUAUAACAGUGAAGCAAGUGCCGAUAGAUAUCGACCAGGGAAGUUCAGAAGAUUCAAUUAUGUAUCCACUUUUUAAUAUCGAGCAAGAGAAAAUAGAUUCAGACCAAAAAGAGGUAGACAAGGUAAUUAUACAUCCUAUUGAAGUAGGAACAGUGAAAAUGGGAGUAGGUCUGAACACAUUGGACAGGGAUAAUCCAAUAAUGAGCGUGUUGCAGGCAAUGCCGUCACAAAUGAAGACACAAUUCAAGGGUGAACUGUGCCAUUCAAAAAAUGGAGGCUCUGGGAAGUGCCUGCAUAUCAGCUUAUGUCCAUCAGCCAUCCACAGGGUGUAUAAAGGUAUCGAGCUGGACAUAUGUGGUUUCCAAGGCAGUGCAGCCAUAGUGUGUUGUGAAGAUCCUGCUGCCUCCAGUCAAGUAAUUGCAGGAGAUCGACCAGCUAGAAAGCCAGAAACACCACCAAAUGGACUACCUGAAUCACCAACCAAACAACCAAACAGAAGGUUUGGCUCUGAGUUCCAGCCUCCUACUACACAAUUUGGUAACACUUCCAGUCAGAAAACUAGGAGGAGUAUUAGUGAAGAGAAAUGUGACGAGUAUACAAGGUCGGUGCAAGAUAUAUUUGAAGCUCUACCACUCCUUCCAGAUGCUGAUCCACUAAUUAUAAAAGUGGACAAAUGUGAUUUUGAGAAUCUGCCACUAAUUGUUGGAGGGGAGGACACUGAUGUUGGAGAGUUUCCUCACAUGGCUGCUAUUGGUUAUCAAGUUGAUGGUAAUCUGGAAUGGAACUGUGGGGGAUCAUUAAUCAGUGAAUAUUAUGUCCUUACUGCUGCACACUGUUCUUUAACAAAUUACAGGUAUCCUGCAGUGAUAGUUCGUCUUGGUGAGAUGAAUCUGAAACGUGAUGAUGAUGGAGCACAUCCUGUGGAUUAUCACAUUGCAGAUUUAGUGCGCCAUCCUGAAUACAAAGGACCAAGCAAAUACAAUGAUAUUGCUCUGUUACGUCUUAGUGAGCGUGUGGAUUUCAACAAGUUUAUACGACCUGCUUGUCUCUACACACAUGAUAAAUUCUCUGUCAGCAAGACAGUUGCUACUGGUUGGGGUAAAAUUGAAUAUGCUGGAAAAACAAGUGACACUUUGCGGAAAGUUGUUCUUGAUAUAAUAGAUAAUGAAAUGUGCAAUAACUUAUGGAAAAGUCUUCGCAAGCUCACAAGUCUGCCUCGUGGAAUUGCACCAUCAAUGAUGUGUGCUGGGGUCCUUACAGGUGGCAAAGACACUUGUCAGGGUGAUUCUGGUGGACCAAUUCAGAUAUCUACCAAAGGAAAUCAAUGUGUAUAUCAUGUUAUUGGAGUGACAUCAUUUGGGAGUUACUGUGCUGGAGAAGAUUCACCAGGAAUAUAUACACGUCUCUCUUCUUUUAUUCCAUGGAUUGAGAGCAUUGUGUGGCCAGAUGGUUAGCUUAAAGAACGGAUCACUAAUUUGAGAAAAGUUUUUAAAAGUCAGCCUUGUCAUAUAUUUUAAAUUUAAAGCUGAAAUCAGGAAUGUCUCAUGUGGUUACCUGAUUGUUUCAUCGGUGUAUGUUGUGGUUACAGAUCUGACACUCAGAUAUUCAGCCAAAAAGUUGUUAAAAUCAAUUCACUACAUAUGCUAUCAA